CUUGCUACAUUUUCUCUCAAGUAUAUCUUACCAAUUUCCAUCUUCUUCUUCAGAGGCAAAGUGAAAACUUAAAAAGUCCAACAUUAAAAGAAUAUCAAAAACUAAAUUUCCCCCCUUUUGGCAAAACAAUUUACAAAGAUGACAAUGGAAGCGGUGGCACCCCUGCCAGCAACUGAAUCCCAAAAGAAGAAUAGGAUUCAAGUGUCCAACACAAAGAAACCCCUCUUCUUCUAUGUCAAUCUUGCUAAGAGGUACAUUCAGCAGCAUAAUGAGGUUGAACUGUCUGCCCUAGGGAUGGCAAUCACCACAGUUGUUACUGUGGCUGAAAUUCUAAAGAACAAUGGAUUUGCAACUGAAAAAAAGGUUUUAACAUCCACAGUUGGAAUGAAAGAUGAAGCAAAAGGCCGCAUGGUUCAAAAGGCCAGGAUUGAAAUCGUGCUGGAAAAAACUGAAAAAUUCGACAAGUUAAUGGCACCGAAUAAUGCUGCAGCAGAGGAAGCGCCGAACAAGGAUGAGGACAUCAAGGUGGAGGAAAACAAGCAGUAGUUUUAUUCGCCGCCACUUCAAAACUCAUGCUCACUGUAUCUCAGUCUGGACAUGAGGAUAUAUUAUACUACUAAUUCUGCUGUUAUACAUUUUAUUUGCUACAAGAGAUAAAGAUCUAGAGAG